AUGAAUAACCACUAUCCUCCCCCAAACGGGCAUGGUAGAAACGGCCAACCAGACCGUCGCUCCUCUUCAAACGGCUAUGACGGUAGCGGCCAUCAAGACCAACCUCCCUUGGAUGGGCAUGCUAUCUCUGCCCCGCAGGACGAUCUGGAUUUCUACGUGUCACAUCACUUUCAGACCAACCUCAACCAGUAUAACGCCUUGCACGACAACCUAAACGAAGGUCUGAGCCUCUUACUGAAUGUUAACCGCGACCAAAGAGACAAAAUCCAACAACAGGAGCAGAGGAUUAACUCCCUGUCUUCGAAAGCCGACCUGUUCAAACGAUUUAGUGAGGACUUUGAAUGUCGGGUUCACGAGCUGGAAGCAGAGAACCGUGACCUGAAAGCACGGAACCAGCUUCUUAUGAAUGACAGAUCCAACGCAUUCGGCUGCCUAAUCAUUGAUGGAGAUGGUUCGUUGUUCAGAGACGACUACCUAGCCCUAGGGGAGGAGGGUGGCCGCGAGGCUGCCCAUAAGCUCCAUUCCGAGCUCAAGGCAUACCUGGAGCUGGUCAAUCCCAAAGACCAUAUCAAGGACAUCGUGGCUAAGGUAUUCAUAAACGUCGAAGGUCUCAGCAGGGCGAUGAUGGAGUCCGGUAUUAUACAUGAAGAAGACAUGCUUACAAAGUUUGGUCGCGGCUUUUCCCAAGCUCAGCCAUUCUUUGAGUUCAUUGAUGUCGGCCGCGGCAAGGAGAAGGCCGACCUCAAGGCCACUAGGCAUUUCGAGUUCAUGGUGCACCUGAAGCAAUGCAAGCGUGUGAUGCUGGCUGCGUGUCAUGACAACGGGUACGCCACCUAUCUCGAGGAGUACAGAUGGGCAUCGGACAAGAUCACCCUCGUGGAGACGUCACCCGCGGUAAGCGGUGUCGCGAAAUUGCACAAAUAUUUUGCUUUCCAGAAAUUCCCAAACAUUUUCCGCUCCGAGCUUCUCUUGACCAAAAGGCGCAGCCACCCGAGCCACCCCCUCAGCACCCCCUUCGGCCCCAUUCAGGUACCUCCAAGCCCUCCGCCGACCUACGCAACAAAGGCCCAGGAGCCAGCUAGCGGCAAAAAGAAUCAACCGGAAACCCCCUCUGGCAUUCAAAAGCCAAAUGGCGCUUGUCCCUCAGCAGGUCACUUGAAAGGAGCUCCUCCAUCAUCCGCUCCUGUGAAGAGGCCCAGUCAAACUCAAGCAGUCGAAAGCCUAGCACCCGCCUUGGCUGGCCCGCAGAACAGAGAUCGACAAUCAACAGAUGACGACGGCUACCAAACAGUCGGCCGCCCUCGCAGAAGUACAGCCCAUGCAUACAUCCAAGUGGGCCGGCACGCCAGCAGUAAUGGUCCCGUUAUCGGCAACUCGCGGAACCCACAGCGUAACAACGGGCUAUUCUUCUACCUCAACACAAACAACCAGCGUAUCGAUUAUCCCUUUUGCAGAUCUCACGAAGCUCAAGGUCGCAAAGGCGUUGAAGACAGGACAAGCAAGUCCAAUCGCAACCUUUGCAAUGGCUACCACCUGAUCCGUCGGUGCAGGCACGAGGCUGAUAGUAGAAAUGGCACUUGUGAUUACGUCCAUGAGGUCGAUCCCCCCUUGACCUAUGAGGAGAGGACGUAUCUCUGGUACAAGGCGAGAAGCGUGGAGCGGGCAUUCAUUGUCUACGAGGGCGAUCCCAUCCCGAAGCCGUAUAGCAAGGCCUAG